AAGUUCAGUCAAACUUUGCUUGCCAAGACUUUAAGAAGUCAAGCAGGAGAAGGUUGUUCUAAAGCAUCUCGCUUCUGUCUGGAAGCUAAGAAAGAGGCUCAGAAAUGGCAGACCAGACAACAACAAGGUAUGCUGUAGUGACUGGUUCAAACAGAGGGCUUGGGUUUGAGAUAUGCCGGCAAUUAGCAAGAAAUGGGAUUACAGUGGUUUUGACAGCGAGAAGCGUGAACAAAGGGCUUGAAGCUGUCGAGAAACUGAAGAAAGAGAUUGGUGUUUCUGAUCAAAACCUUGUGUUUCAUCAGUUAGAUGUGACUGACACUUCUAGUGUCACUGCUCUCGCUGAGUUUGUGAAAACCCGAUUCGGAAAGCUCGAUAUCUUGGUCAAUAAUGCAGGGAUUGGUGGGAUGAUAUUGGAUGGCGAUGCUCUCAGAGCUGGGAAAGGGAAGGAAGGUUUCAAAUGGGAGGAGACCAUUGAAGAAAACUACGAGCUCGCAGAAGAAUGCCUCAAGAUUAAUUACUACGGUCCCAAGCAAAUGUGCGAAGCUUUUGUCCCACUCCUCGAGUUAUCUGAUUCUGCAAGAAUCGUCAAUGUAUCAGCCUUGAUGGGAAGUCUAAAGAAUGUGACGAACGAAUGGGCGAAGGGAAUACUCAGUGACGCAGAAAAUCUCACCGAAGAAAGAAUAGACCAAGUGUUGAACCAGUUUCUGAAGGACUUCAAGGAAGGCGAGGACAAAACCAGGAACUGGGCAAAGUUCAUGUCGGCUUACGUGAUGUCCAAGGCAGGUUUGAACGCUUACACGAGGAUCAUGGCCAGGGAACGCCCUAGGUUUCGAAUCAAUGCGGUCUGUCCUGGCUUUGUCAAGACAGACAUGAACUUCAACACUGGAGUUGUGUCUGUAGAAGAAGGAGCCUCAUGUGCCGUGAUGUUGGCUUUGCUCCAGAUUGAUGGCCCCUCUGGUUGUUUCUUCGAUCGCAAGAAACUUGCAGAGUUCUGAUUGAUCUUCUCUGCGAUCUGCUGCUGGAUUUGGAAGUGUCUUUUGAUAAUUUAUAAUCUGAAUAAAUGUGGGUUUUAACCAA